AUGAUUUCUCUCAUGGAAAUUAAAUAUUUGCGCAUUUCACAAGUUGAAUUCGAUCAUCAUACCAAAGAACCAGGUCACAACGAUACAUUUUAUUGUAUUUUCACUCUACUCGAUCGAACACCAUACGUCACUGAUACUUCAGAAGUUGGAUUAGUCGAUGCUCAAAUGAGACUUGAGCGUGGGAUUAAUGAAGGUAAAUUCGGAUUUGUAACCAAUGAAGGAUACUUCUUCGAAGCUAUACCAUAUUCACUUGAAAGCGUUGAACAUUUUAAUCCUUUUAAUCCGAAUGUUAGUGUCAAUCAAAUUCAAUCGAUGAGUAAUAUGACGAUGAUAAUAGAACGAGAAGAAAUAUAUGAGCAAAUCACAUAUUCCAGUAGAUCACAAGCACUUGCUAUCGUCGGUGGUAUAUUGGCCGGAUUAGUAUUUGGCAUUUUACUCCUUUUUAGUGUUUUUCAUAUGAUGAAGAAAAAAAGUCAAGUAACUCGUGGUAUCACGUUUGGUAACAUUAGUUUCCGUCUGAAUAAAAAUCGACAAGAAAUAGACGUGCCAAAAAUUACAAUGGAACAUCCUAUGUCUGUUCGAAAUCAAACAGAUAGUUAA